UACUGAUCAGAUCAUACACACCGCCGGCCCGUGGAUCACUUCACUCCAUCGCUGUUCCAUCCAUUGCUGUCCUCUUUGAAAGCUGCUAGUUCGUUAAUGGGGCGCCACAGCAGCAAUGCCAGCAAAGCCGAGGACGGCGGCGAGCAGCACCGCAAGGAGGAGAAGCAUCACAAGCACAUGGAGCAGCUCGCCCAGCUCGGCGCAGUGGCAGCCGGAGCGUACGCGCUGCACGAGAAGCACAAGGCGAAGAAGGACCCGGAGAAUGCCCGGUCGCACAGGAUCAAGGAGGAGAUCGCAGCCACGGUCGCCGUUGGUAGCGCCGGUUUCGCCUUCCAUGAGCACCACAAGAAGAAAGACGCCAAGAAGCACGGCCGCCAUUGAUCUUGGCACAUAUAUAUACCAUCCAUAGGCGGCAGCAGUCUAGCUACUUAUACGGUUACGAGGUUUCCAUUGUUGUCUUUUUCCAGGGUGUGUUAUUCUUCACUAUAUGUACGUCUAUUCUAUAGUAUAUGCACUGUUUAUAGCUACCUAAAAGUUGCUGCCCUUGUUCGUGGUACACUAUAUGUACAUCUGUCCUUGUCCUAAAGGUUUAUCAUGCAUGUAUCUAUCAAUGUAGUAUG